UCCCAUAAAACCAGAGGGAAAAAACACAACUUGCCAAUUAAUUCAAAGCAAAAGAGAGAAGAAAAAGAAAAAGGGAUAUGUUAAUAAUGAGAGUCAUGAAGAGGAAUAAUAGCAGAAGCCAUUGUGGGGUUUGGGUUCUGGUUUUGCUGUUCUGUCUGCAGUGGUUUGGUUCAGCCAGGGCCAGAGUUUCCUAUGAUGAUAAGGCCUUCAUCAUCAAUGGGAGGAGAAGGAUUCUCAUCUCUGGCUCCAUUCACUACCCAAGAAGCACUCCUCAGAUGUGGCCAGAUCUUAUACAGAAGGCUAAAGAUGGAGGUUUAGAUGUUAUACAAACUUAUGUGUUUUGGAAUGGACAUGAACCAUCUCCAGGACAAUACAAUUUUGAGGGAAGAUAUGAUCUGGUUCACUUCAUCAAACUGGUGCAACAGGCCGGGCUCUAUGUUCAUCUUCGCAUCGGCCCUUAUGUUUGUGCAGAAUGGAACUUUGGGGGAUUUCCUGUUUGGCUAAAAUAUAUUCCUGGGAUGGAAUUCAGAACAGACAAUGAGCCUUUUAAGGCUGCGAUGCAAGGGUUUGUUGAGAAAAUAGUGAAUAUGAUGAAAUCAGAGAAGCUGUUUGAACCCCUUGGAGGGCCUAUCAUUAUGAAUCAGAUAGAGAAUGAGUAUGGGCCAGUGGAAUGGGCAAUUGGUGAGCCUGGUAAAAGGUAUACUCAGUGGUUCUCAAAAAUGGCUUUAGGACUCAACACCGGGGUUCCAUGGAUCAUGUGUAAACAAGAAGAUACCCCUUAUCCCAUAAUAGAUACUUGCAAUGGAUUCUACUGCGAAAACUUCCGGCCUAACAACCCCAGUAAUCCAAAAAUGUUUACAGAACUAUGGACUGGGUGGUAUACAGAAUUUGGGGGUCCAGUUCAUGUAAGAUCUGCAGAAGACACAGCUUUUGCAGUUGCAAGGUUCAUCCAAAACAAUGGCUCAUUCUUUAACUAUUACAUGUACCAUGGAGGAACAAACUUUGAUCGAACCGCUGGUCGGUUUAUUGCAACAAGCUAUGACUAUGAUGCCCCUUUAGAUGAAUAUGGGCUACCAAAUGAACCGAAAUACGGGCACUUAACAGAACUACACAAAGUGAUCAAGCAAGCCGAACAAGCUUUGGUUUCAUCAUAUCCCACUGUCACCUGGCUAGGCAAAAACCAAGAGGCUCAUGUUUUCAGCUCAAAAUCCGGACCUUGUGCUUUGUUCCUCUCCAACUACGACCCGCAAUAUUCUGCAACCAUUACAUUUUGGAACAAGCAAUAUGUUCUUCCUCCUUGGUCCGUUUCCAUUUUACCCGACUGCAAGACCCUCGCUUUCAACACUGCUACGGUUACCUCCAGAAGCUCUGAGCCCAGGAUGAUAAACACCGGGAGCAGAUUCUAUUGGCAGUCGUACACUGAAGAGGUGAUAUCCGCGGAUCAAAGUGACACUUUUGCAGCCAAUGUGCUAUGGGAACAAGUAAAUGUAACCAGAGACAGCUCAGACUAUCUGUGGUACACAACAGAUGUGUACAUUGCAUCCAAUGAAGGAUUUUUAAAGAGUGGAAAAGAUCCAAUUUUGACAGUGAUGUCUGCUGGACAUGCUUUGCAAGUUUUCAUUAAUGGAAAGCCAUGGGGGAACGCGUACGGAUCAUUGGAGAAUCCGAGACUAACUUAUAGUGCAAAUGUGAAACUAAACGCCGGUAACAACAAGAUCUCCUUGCUCAGUGCUUCAGUAGGCCUCGCGAAUGUGGGCACACAUUAUGAAUCGUGGAGUACGGGAGUUCUUGGCCCGGUCACGUUGAGUGGCCUUAAUGAAGGGACAAGAGACUUGAAAUACCAGAAAUGGUCUUACAAGGUUGGUUUGUCGGGCGAAUCAAAGAAUCUCAAUACCCUUGGUGGAAUUUCCUCUGUUGAAUGGGUACAAGGUUUGUUUCUUGCUAAGGAACAGCCCUUAACCUGGUACCAGGCCACUUUUGAUGCACCUGGAGGAAAUGAACCACUGGCUUUGGACAUGAGCAGUAUGGGGAAAGGUCGGAUAUGGGUAAACGGCGAAGGUGUGGGCCGCUACUGGACUAAAAACACCGCUCGCGGCAGCUGCAGCAAGUGUGGCUAUGCCGGGACCUACACCGCGACCAAAUGUGAGACGAACUGCGGACAACCUUCACAAACAUGGUACCAUGUCCCCCGGUCAUGGCUGAAACGGUCGGGGAAUGUGUUGGUCGUGUUUGAAGAAUGGGGAGGGGACGUGACGGGCAUCCGGCUGGUUAGCAGAACAAGGACAUAGUAAUGGGGACAUUGUGUGGAUCCAGAGAGUGCAAAUUGGGCUCCCAUGAUGUUCUGUUGUGUAUACUGAUUUGUGAGAAAAAAACCCAAAAAAAAGGGAAAAAAUAAAACAUUGCAGGCGUGAGAUACACACACACACAAUCCUAGAAGUAGGAUGUAAUUGUAUU